AUGGCGAGUUCAGGACUUCUCAGUAUUUCACUUGGGUUGUGGCUCCUCACUUGUUUUGUAGCAGCUGAAACGGAGCCUUAUGUACCAGCCCUCUAUGUGUUUGGAGACUCGCAGGCUGAUGCAGGUAAAAAUAAUUAUAUUCCAAACUGUACAACCCGAGCCGACCACAUCCCCUAUGGCGCCUCCUAUUUCCCCUCCCCAACUGGUCGUUUUACCGAUGGCCUUACAGCUCUAGACUUCCUUGCGAAUUGCUUGGGGCUCAAAUUUUGCCCUCCUUAUCUGCAGCCAGACGCGAAUUUCACAACUGGUAUAAAUUUCGUUUCGGGAGGUAGCGGUCUGCUUGACACAACAGGGAAGCUCUACAAUCAUGGAGCAAGGAAAUUCAUUGUAUUGAACAUUCCACCUAUGGGAUGUACUCCAGUUGCUAGAUUGUUGGUAAACAUUAUAGAAAAAGGAAGUUGUUCCUGGCUUGUAAACUGGGUAGUUGAGGAAUAUAACACUGCUUUCCGCUCAUAUCUGACUCAACUCACUCAAAAAAUUGAUAAAGGGACCAUUAUUCAUCUUAAUGUUUAUGAUUAUAUAAUGAACGUUAUCAAUAAUGGUGAACCCAAUGGUUUGAAGAAUACUACGGCAGCAUGUUGUUCAAGAUUAGGAGAGUUUGGUAUACAACGAAGCUGUGGAAAUAUUGAUGCACUAAAUGUGUACUGCAGUGAUCCAAGCACAUAUGUGUUUUGGGAUGGAGUUCAUGGCACUCAAAAAGAUAUAUAA